AAUGGACGAUUCACAAUUAGAUUUAGGAGCUUUAGAAGAUAUUGAUCCAAGUUUAGAAGGAGGAUUUAAAAUAUAAUUUGAUAGAGAAAUUCAUAUAGAAACAAGGUAGAUUUUAAAUGAAUAAUAAUUAAUUAGGGUUUAGGAUGCAAAUACUGGUCCAUAAGAAAUAGGGACAUUAGAAUUGGUUAGAGUGAAAAUUUUAGUUUAAGUUUGUUGUGUUGUAAUUAAAUUUAGGGAGAAUAACAAGCAUUCGAUAAUUUGAAAAUUGAGUUAACUAGUGAAACAGAUUUGUUUUUCAAUUAUAAUACAAUGUAUAAUUAAAUAUAAUAAUAGCAUAAAUAAAGAUAAUUAUAAAAGAAUAAGAGAAGAAUAAAAACUAACUAUUGAAUAUCCUCAAUUUUUAUAAAUGUUAAUCAAAUUGUUAAACUCAUGUCAUAAAGAGCCUAAUCAGUAUAAAUUUAAAUUGAUUAAGUUUUUUCUGUGUAUUCUUUAUGCAAUAAGAUGGAGCUGCAAGAUUAGAUUUUAUUGAAAAUUUAGAAUACAAAUUUAUGGAAAUGUUGUCAUUAGAUUUUAGUUCUGCUUCUGAAGAGACAAUUAGAUAAAAUGUUUCAUUUAGAUAUAAUUUAAUGAAAGCAAAAUUAUAAUUUGUUUAGAAUAGGUAUAAAGAAAUAAAAAAUUUUAUUAGAUUGAAUGACAUAGCCUCAUUGAUAAAAUUAAAGAAUCCUUCUUUAUUAGUAUAAAUUAAUAAAGCAUCAGCUGGUGUCAGUUAAAAUCAAAGUACUUAAAAUGCUAGCAAAUACUUGGGAUAAUCAAAAAAGAAUAAUACAUCAAAAUUUGUUUGAUU